AUGAGUAACCAAAUUGGAGUGUGCAUUAGGGACUCUUUGGUGGACGCUCUUGCUAUGAAAGGAGGAACAGGGGAACACAGUUAUGCUACUAAUUCACAUUAUCAGAGAAGUGUUUUCUUUGAGAUCCAACCUAUGGUGACAGAAAAUGUAAGAGAAAUGCUAGUGCAAGUUGGUUUUCCUGGUUGCAUCAAAGUGGCAGACUUGGGUUGUUCUUCUGGAGAAAACACGUUCUUGGCCAUGUCCGAGAUCGUCAACACGAUCAUACAGUCGUACGAACAAAAAGGUGAAACCCAACCAGAAAUCGAUUGUUGUUUGAACGAUCUUCCAGAGAACGAUUUCAAUACUACCUUCAGGUUGGUUCCUUCUUUCUUAAAGAAGCUGAAAUUGGAGGGUAGUGGAAAGUGCUUCUUGUCGGGAGUCCCAAAUUCGUUUUACUCAAGGCUUUUUCCAAGCAAGUCUCUCCAUUUUGGUUUUUCAUCUUUGAGUAUCCAUUGGCUUUCUAAAGUUCCAGAUGGCCUUGAGAACAACACUCAAAGCAUUCAUAUCAAAGAUCCAUGCCCUCAAAAUGCCUACAAAAGCUAUUUGAAUCAGUUCAAGAACGACUUUUCGUUGUUCUUAAGGAUGCGUUCAGAGGAGAUAGUGCCCAAUGGACAUGCAGUUCUCACGUUCGUGGGAAGAAAAGUCUCUGAUCCUGUAUACAAAGACUGUUUCCAAGUUUGGUCGUUGUUAUCUGAUUGUCUCCUCGAUCUUGUCUCUGAGGGGGUUGUGAAGGAAUCAGAGAUGGAAUCGUUUAACAUGCCAUUCUACAAUCCAAACGAAGAAGAGGUGAGGGAAGUUAUCUUAAAGGAAGGGUCAUUCGAGAUCAGCAAGAUCAAGACAUUCGACCAUGUUGUUCCGUACAAGAUUAACUCCAUUGAAGAAGAAGAAGAAGAAGAUGAUGAGGACAAGUCACUUAAGUUGGAAGCUGGUAAAAAGCAGGCAAGUUGGGCAAGAUGCAUCACCGAACCGUUGCUCGUUGCACAUUUUGGAGAUGCGAUUAUCGAGCCGGUUUUCGACAAGUACGCACACUAUAUGGCCAAGUAUCUACGUGCUUCAAACCAUCGCCCUAAUAUGACACUCAUCAUAGUAGUUUCGUUGACUAAGAAAUAA